UUUUCUCUUGGGAGUUGCUUCAUCAUGCGAAAUCUAAAGUUACUUCAGACACUGGAGUUCAGGGACAUUCCAGCUGCUGGGAAACCCCAGUGCUUCUCUCUUCGGACUGAACUGGGAACAGUGCUCAUUGGCUCGGAACGUGGCCUGAUUGAAAUCGAUCCCAUCACAAGAGAAGUGAAGAAUGAAAUUCCUCUGGUGGUAGAAGGUUUUCUGCCUGAAGAUGGAAGUGGCUGCAUUGCUGGUAUUCAGGACCUGCUGGAUCAGGAGUCUGUGUGUGUGGCCACAGCCUCGGGGGACGUUGUGCUCUGCAAUCUCAGCACUCACCAGCUGGACUGUGUUGGGAGUGUAGCCAGUGGUAUCUCUGUCAUGAGUUGGAGCCCUGACCAAGAGUUGGUGCUUCUUGCCACAGGUCAACAGACCCUGAUUAUGAUGACGAAAGACUUUGAACCAAUCCUGGAGCAGCAGAUCCACCAGGACGAUUUUGGAGAAAGCAAGUUCAUCACUGUUGGAUGGGGCAAAAAGGAGACCCAGUUCCAUGGAUCAGAAGGCAGACAAGCAGCUUUUCAGAUGCAGAUGCCUGAGUCUGCUUUGCCCUGGGAUGACCAGAGACCACAGAUUACCUGGCGUGGUGAUGGGCAAUAUUUUGCUGUGAGUGUUGUUUGCCCAGAGACAGGGGCUCGGAAGGUUAGAGUGUGGAACCGAGAACUUGCUUUGCAGUCGACCAGUGAGCCUGUGGCAGGACUGGGACCAGCCCUGGCAUGGAAGCCCUCAGGUGGUUUGAUUGCAUCUACACAAGACAAACCCAAUCAACAGGACGUUGUGUUUUUUGAGAAAAAUGGACUUCUUCAUGGACAGUUUACACUUCCUUUCCUCAAAGAUGAGGUUAAGGUGAACAGACUGCUCUGGAAUGCAGAUUCUUCUGUGUUGGCAGUUUGGCUGGAGGACCUUCAGACCGAAGAAAAUUCCACUCCGAAGACUUACGUUCAGCUCUGGACUGUUGGAAACUACCACUGGUAUCUCAAACAAAAUCUUCACUUUAGCAAAUAUGGAAAAAACAAGCCUGUGUCUCUUAUGUGGGACCCCGUGAUCCCAUACCGGCUGCAUGUUCUAUGUCAAGGCUGGCAUUACCUCUGCUACAACUGGCACUGGACAACCGACCGGUGCUUGGGAGACAACGCGAGUGAUUUGGCCAAUGUGGUCGUCAUUGAUGGAUACCGGGUAUUGGUGACAGUCUUCCGACAGACUGUGGUCCCGCCUCCCAUGUGCACCUACCGACUGCUACUCCCACAACCUGUGAAUCAAGUCAUGUUCUCUGCACACCCUCAAAUGGGGACCGAGCUCGCUGUGCUGGAUGCCAGUAACCAGAUUUCUGUUUAUAAAUGUGGUGACAGUCCAUGUGCAGACCCUACGGUGAAAAUGGGAGCUGUGGGUGGAAGUGGCUUUAAAGUUCCCCUUACGAUACCGCAUCUGGAAAAGAGAUACAAGAUGCAAUCUGGGAAUGAUGAAGAUCAAGAAGUAAAUCCUCUGAAGCUCGGCCUUCUUGCCUGGGUUCAGGAAGACGUUUUCCUGGCUGUGAGCCAUAGUCCAUCUGGUCCCCAGUCUGUCCUUCACCAUUUGACAAUGGCUCCUUCAGAGACGGUGGAGGAGCCAGGACAGCUCAAUGUCAGCUCAUCUGUGACAGUGGACGGGAUCGUAAUCAGUCUGUGUUACAGUUCCAAGACCAAGUCAGUAGCAUUGCAGCUGGCUGAUGGCCAGAUAUUUAAGUGCCUUUGGGAGUCAUCUUCUCUGGCUGUUAAACCAUGGAAGAAUGCUGGGGGAGUUCCUGUCCAGUUUCCUUAUCCAUGUGUGCAGACUGAACUAGCCAUGAUUGCAGAUGAGGAAUGUAUCCUUGGUCUGACUGACAGAUGUCGCUUUUUUAUCAAUGACACUGAGGUUGCAUCAAAUAUUACAUCAUUUGCAGUGUCUGAUGAAUUUUUGUUGUUGACAACCCAUUCCCACACCUGUCAGUGUUUGUGCCUGAGAGAUACCUCAUUUAAAACUUUACAGGCAGGUCUGAGCAGCAGUAAUAUGUCUAAUGAAGAGAUGCUGAGGAAGGUGGAGAGGGGUUCCCGCAUUGUCACUGUUGUGCCCCAGGACACAAAGGUCAUAUUACAGAUGCCAAGAGGAAAUUUAGAAGUUGUUCAUCAUCGAGCCCUGGUCUUAGCUCAGAUUCGGAAGUGGUUGGACAAACUUAUGUUUAAAGAAGCCUUUGAAUGCAUGAGAAAAUUAAGAAUUAAUCUCAACCUGCUUCACGACCAUAACCCUAAGGUGUUUCUUGAGAACGUGGAAACCUUCAUAAAACAGAUAGACUCUGUAAAUCAUAUUAAUUUGUUUUUCACGGAAUUGAAGGAAGAAGACGUUACAAAGACUAUGUACCCUCCACCUGUUUCCAGCAGUGUCCAGCUGCCCAGGGAUACUGAUGGGAAAGACAUAGACCUCAUCUGUGACACCCUGAGAGCAGCCAUGGAGGACAUAAAUCCUCACAAGUACUGCCUAUCAAUACUUACCUCUCACGUGAAGAAAACAAACCCAGAACUGGGAAUUGUCCUGCAGAAGAUACACGAGCUUCAAGGAAAUGCGCCAUCUGACCCUGAUGGUGUGAGUGCAGAAGAGGCCCUGAAGUACUUGCUGCUGCUGGUAGAUGUUAAUGAAUUGUAUGAUCAUUCUCUUGGGACCUAUGACUUUGAUUUGGUCCUCAUGGUAGCUGAGAAGUCACAGAAGGAUCCCAAAGAAUAUCUUCCAUUUCUUAAUACGCUUAAGAAAAUGGAAACUAAUUAUCAGCGGUUCUCUAUAGACAAAUACUUGAAACGGUAUGAAAAAGCUAUUGUCCACCUCAGUAAAUGUGGACCCGAGUACUUCCCAGAAUUCUUAAACUUAAUAAAAGAUAAAAACUUGUAUAAUGAAGCUCUGAAGUUGUUCCCACUGGGCUCGCAGCAGUACCAGGAUAUCAGUGUUGCUUAUGGGGAGCACCUCAUGCAGGAGCAGCACCAUGAACCAGCGGGGCUUGUGUUUGCCCGCUGUGGUGCCUCCGAGAAAGCAUUAGAGGCCUUCCUGGCCUGUGGCAGCUGGCAACACGCCCUCUGCAUGGCAGCCCGGCUUGACUUUACCAAAGACCAGCUGGCUGGCCUCGGCAGGACUCUGGCAGGAAAGCUAGUUGAUCAGAGGAAGCACAGUGAUGCAGCCACAGUUAUGGAACAGUAUGCCCAGGAUUAUGAAGAAGCUGUCCUUUUGCUGUUAGAUGGAAUGGCAUGGGAAGAAGCGCUGAGAAUGGUAUACAAAUAUAAUAGACUAGAUAUCAUAGAGACCAACAUAAAGCCUUCCAUUUUAGAAGCCCAGAAAAAUCACAUGGCAUUUCUAAACUCUCAGACAGCCACAUUCAGUCGCCACAAGAAACGUUUAUUGGUGGUUCGCGAACUCAAAAAGCAAGCCCAGGAGAAUCUGGGUGAUGAGGGGCCCCAUGGUCAAGAGUCAGACCUCUUCUCUGAAACGAGCAGCGUCGUGAGUGGCAGCUACUCACACAGUAACUCCCGGAUAUCAGCGCGAUCAUCUAAGAAUCGCCGCAAAGCAGAGCGGAAGAAGCACAGCCUCAAAGAGGGGAGUCCGCUGGAGGACCUGGCCCUUUUGGAGGCAUUGAAUGAGGUGGUUCAGAGCAUUGAAAAACUCAAAGAUGAGGUAUACAAUAUUUCAAAGGUGCUGUUCCUCUUUGCAUUUGAUGAGCAAGCAAAAGAAUUGCAGAAGGCCUUUGAAGAUACUCUGCAACUGAUAGAAAGGUCACUUCCAGAAAUUUGGACUCUGACCCACCAGCAGAAUUCAGCCACACCUAUUCUAGGUCCCAAUUCAACUGCAAACAGUAUCAUGGCCUCCUAUCAACAACAGAAGACUUCAGUCCCUGUUCUUGAUGCUGAGCUUUUCAUACCGCCAAAGAUCAACAAAAGAACGCAGUGGAAACUCAGCCUUCUCGAGUGA